CAUCCAGGACGUAAAACCCUACAGAAACAAGAUAAGGAAUUAAACGACAGCACAACGCGAUUGUAUGUGAUGAAUAGCGCGUACACACGACACCCUAUUUCAUUACUUAUCCGGUAAUCCCUACAGCAGACGCCUCUUCACUGUCUGUUACGCGGAUUGUUUGAGUCACCAUGACGAAUAAGAAGAUAUGGGCUACCACCCUUGCAUUACUACUCAGUGCAUUAAUCUGUGACAGCAAAACGGGUGUUCCUUGUCCACCAAAAUGUAAAUGCAGGUUCCGUCAAAAGUCAGCAAAAUGUGGUGGAUUGCAAACGAUUCCGAAACUACCACACUAUGUUAAACACGUGCUUUUUGCAGGGACAAAUUUCACAACGGUAUCCGAUGUUCUACUGUUUAAUUUAAGCCAGAAUACAAUAGCAUCACUAGACUUUGUCGACACCAACACGGUCAACGUUGAACCAGACGCCUUCAGUGCUUUCCUAAACCUUACACAUUUAUCGUUUGAUUCAAAUAGAAAGCUAAACCCAGAUGUUGUGCCUGCUUUCUUAAACCAAACCCUAAAUCUUCAUGAAAUAAAUUUGGAGUCCAACGGCUGGAAUUCGAUACCAGUAUUCAUGUUCGCAGGACUUCAGGAUUCUCUUUUAAAGAAGAUUUCGUUGAAAAAUAAUAAUAUCAAAUAUGUAAGUGCAUCUUUCUUCUCAGAUGUUCAUUCUCUAGAACAACUAGAUUUAUCUAGAAACGACUUAACGGAAUUCAACACUACCGGAUUUGAAUCUACAAAUAUCCUGACGGUCAACAUAGGUUUCAAUCACUUGCUUCAUAUUCCGUCUUUUUGUGGGCCUUUGGGAACAAAAACAGGUAAUUACACGACUCUCGACCUCACAUCCAAUCCUGUUUACUCUUUAAACCAAUCAUCAUUUUCGUGUCUAAGGAACCUGCGCACUCUGAAACUUGAUGAAAUUUCCGUUAGAGAACUUAAAAACAAUACCUUUGCAGAUUUGCCACGUCUUCGCAGUCUCAAAAUGAACUCGAACAGUGUUCAUAUUAAUAGAAUCGAACUUAGUGCAUUUAACUCAUCUAGUCUUCAGCGACUGUCAUUUGGAGCCAACCGCUUCAGAUUUGACAGACAAAACAAUUCGAAUUUACGCAUGUUUAGCUUUAGUGCCGAACUUGUUCCUUGACUUGACUGAUAAUGUAUUGCCGUCAAAUUCAAAAGCUCUUCGAUAUCUUUUUUCGCCAUUGAAGAAAUUGCUAACGCUCAUACUGCAAAGCA